AUGGGAACAACGGAAAAAGAAUUGACUACUCGUGCUAGUUAUCAGAACCGAGACGGUUUCAUGAUUUUGUUUCCCAGGAAAUUACAAUGGACCGCUAAGGGAGAAAAUGAUCCGACAAUUGAUAUAGCAAUAUCAGAAAUGAAAUCUUUUUUCGUGGGCAAACCAAAUGUUGCCGCUGCAAAAUUUAGAAUAUUAUGUAAUCAAGAUAUUACUUAUACAUUCGUCUUAACAUCACAAUCAGCAUGGGAUGAGCUUAACAUAAUAAAGGCUCGAGUUACAAGUGGUAUAUCGCGAGCACGAUCAGCUGCCCCUUCUCCAGCUCCACAACGGUCGGCGACAACUUCGCCAGUACAUUAUAGGUCUACAGCUCCAUCUCCUGCAUCUGGUGGUUCUUCACCUGCUGUGUGGAAUAAUGGUUUGCAACAAAAUAAAAAUGGUGCUACAACAAAUGGUAGAAAUGGUACGACGUUACCGAUGAGGAAAGUGCCUAGUGCGAUGGAAAUUAAUUUACGUAAGAACUUGCUAAUGAGAGAUAAAAGACUAGCAGAUCAACAUAGAAUACUUGUCGUUGAACAGAAAUGUAUCGCAGAAGAGGAAUUCUGGGAAUUGAGAAAAAAUCUAUUACGUGAUCAAGAUACACGAACGAGCCAACAGAAGGGCCGUUCCUCAACGAUGCCUAAUCUGCGUCCAGUUACCGAAGAAGGUGGAGAAGCCAAGAUAAACAUUACUCCGCAAUUGAUCCAUGAGAUAUUUGAAGAAUAUCCAAGAGUCAAAACUGCAUACGAUGAAAAUAUAACUGAAGAGCUUUUUUGGACACGUUACGUUCAAUCUAAAUUUAACGAUCGAAAUAGAGCAAAGGCAACAACAAGCAUAGCUAGUGAUGAUAUAUUUGAUAAAUGUUGGGCAGAAACUGAAGAAGAAAGGGAGCACGGACGAAAGAGAUUAAAAAUAAGUAACCUUAGAGACUUGAAUGCAACAAAAGAAGACCAUAUGGAGAUUGAUUUUGCACCAGAUAUUACAAUGAGACCGGGUCAAGGAAAAAUUCUCUCUCUAUUACGAAGAAAUAAUCGACAUGGUGAACGAAUAUUAGAAUCCGCAUGCGAAAAUUCACGCAGACAUAAAGAAAUGACUUCUCAGCAACAAAAGAAAGAGGUUUAUACAGAAGACAUUGUAAUGGAAGACUUAAUAGAAGAGGAGUCACUCAGAACAUUCAAGUUAGAUAUUACGGACCAACGUGAAUACUUUGCUAGUCAAACCGCUGAAAUCGAUAAUGAUGUUGAAAUGGUUGGCUCUGAGCAGAGUUCGAUUAAACACCAAGGCUCUACUGAAUUACUAAAUAAGUUCCAAGAAAGUUUUGCAAAGUGGUAUCCUAAUUUGAAAAUGCACUCGUUACUAGAAACCCCUAUCCUUAAUUCGGUAACGAAAAAGUGUAAUGAAAUUAUCAAAGAUAAGCAAAUCCGUAUGAGUGAGUCAAAACCUAAAAUUGAACAUCUUCCUCAGAAAAUUGAAAAAGAAGUUAAUAUAAUUCAGUUGAUGGGUUAUGAAUUUUUACGUCAUUUUUGGGCAUCCGUUGGGUCAGCCUCCAAGGAAAAAGUAGAAAAAAACAAGCGGAUGACGGAACAACUAAAGUCCGUUUUAGAAAAGAUUGAUCAAAUUUCCGAGUUGCAACCAGAUGAUGAUUAUAAACAAGGAUUUAACCUUCAGAAUGGAGCACCCGAUAUCAAUGCAAUUCAGAAGGGUCAAAGAUCAGAUAGAGAGGAGCAAAGAUCUACCGUUAAUGGUAAACGGUUAAAAAUCGGCUCAAGAAUCAGUUCUGGACAGGUUGGUGGAAAUCGUCUAAAUUCCAACGGAUCUCCAAAGACUGAUGUAAAUUUUGAAUGGUAUGAUGCAAUAAUACAGGCCAUACAGAUGCUCGAACCAUUGCGUAAGGCGAUUAACAAAGCAAUUGCUCAUGAUCAACAGUCUACAAGUCCAAAUAUUUCGAGGACAGUCAAUCGUCAAGCUAGGCAAUCAACUAAUCAAAGCUUUCAAAAGUCAAUAGUUCGAGAAUUGAAGCAAGCUAAUCCAGAUCACCACAGAGCAAUUUCCCGAGAAUCAAAAACAACUUCUAGUCCGGAUAUUCAAAGGCCCAUGCCUCGGGAUACCAAACAACCUCAACAUCAUGGCAUGCAAAAAAGCGUCAACCGUGAGGCAAAACAAAUCACUAGUCCAAAGAUUCAGAGGAUUAGUAACCACGAUAUGCAACAAAGCAUAAGUCCGGAUGUUCAAAGGCAACCUAAUCGUCAAAUAAAACAAAGUGCAAACAUGAGACAAGAAAAUAGUCGUGUUGGUCCCAAAGUAUCUGUUCGUAGUAAUACACAAGUUCAGAAUGCUCGACCAGAUAUUGAUCGAGAAGCAGCAUCUGCUCGCACAACUAUAAAGAUCCCCAAAAAAAACGUACAACAAAACGUCAGUCGUGAUGAUUGGCAAUCAAAUGGUCGUGAGACACACCAAAAUACUAAUCGUGUUGUACCAAAAAACUCUAUUGUCGCUUCUCGAGGUUCUUCUGGGGGCUCUUCUGGAAGUUCUGCUCAAGUUUCAUCAGCGAAUAAAAUCAAAAAUUCGACGAAACGAAAACGAUAG